GUUUCUCUGUUUGGUUUCACUUCCGCACUCCUUCACCGCUAUCUGUAGCCUGUUAGCCUCUUGGGUUGCAUUUGUCACAUUUGGAGGGGAAGCGUGUUAUCUCUUCAGGGCAGAAGUAAAAGGGAAAAAAACGUUGAUUAAAAAUAAUAAUAUAAAACAGACUCCGCGCAGAUGAACUUUGUUUUAUGCGCAUAUCUAAAGAGUCGGCUAGUUGCUAAUUGAGUCAACCAGGAAGCGACGUUAGCGUGAGGAAGCUCAGUGCAACUGUUUAAACUGUCAGCUUGUAUGAUAAACUGUUAGAUUUCUCACAAAGAAGAUUUCCCCGCUGACUCGCAGUGACGGAAAUCAUGAAGGUGUUCAGUAGCUGCAGAGGAAUCUCUUUCCUCGUGUGGAUCGUGGCAUUUCAGCUGGUCCUCUGUGUGAGUGGGGUGUAUAGUGUGAAGAGCACCAAAGACUGCACACUGAUAUCUGAAAGUCCAUUACAGCGGAAAGUUCUGGAGCGACUAGAGCCGCUCGUAGGAAAGAACUUUACAGCUGAGGACAAGGCUUCAAACGAGAGCUACACGUAUGUGUUCCAGCUAUGUGGGGAUGCAGGGGGUGUUCGCAAUGCUGGGCUUAUUCAAGUGGAGAAGAACACGCAGAAGCCAACAGUGAUUGGCAAAUACACGAAUACACAGGCCAUUGGAGGAAGUGACUGGGUGAUGCUGAUCUACAAAAAUGGUGAAAAAUAUGAUUCACACUGCAAUAAGGAAGAAAGGAAAGCCAUCAUUAUGAUCUCUUGCGACAGGAAUGUAAAAGCGGGUACGCUGGAGGGGAUUCUGGAGGACAGGGAAAAGGAGGAAGACUGUUUCUACCUGUUUGAGUUGGACACCAGUUCAGUGUGUCCAGUAAUUGAGUCCAAGCUUAGCACUGGCUCCAUUAUUCUCAUCAUUGGUUUCUCUCUUCUGGCUGUUUACCUUGUUGGAGGUUUCCUCUACCAGCGGGUGAUUGUUGGAGCUAAAGGGGUGGAGCAAUUCCCCAAUUAUGCUUUUUGGGUGGAGUUUGGAAACCUGGCAGCGGAUGGAUGUGACUUUGUGUGCCGGUCGCGCAAGCGAGAGGAAUCGCCAGCUUACAGGGGAGUGGCUACAGACAAUUUACAGGAGGAGCCAGAGGAGAGAGAUGACCACUUGCUGCCUAUGUGACCUUAGUAUGUUGGGACUAAAAUCUUCACCGUGUGAUGCAGUUUAAUCGGUUACAGCUUAUCAGGCUGCUUGUAGACACAAGUCUGUUUUCUUGGGGGGGGGUUUGUGACUGAAUUACGUCAGUACCUGUUAAUUCUGUGUUUAUUCCAGACUUGUGCCUAGGGCAAUAAGCCUUUCAUCUCCCUGUCACACAGGAGGGCAUGUUACUCAUAGGGCUGACGAUCCUGUCCACACUUUUUACCCCGUACAUUUCAAACAAUUGUUUGAUGUCAGACAAAUGAGUGAUUCCUCCAAGAAAGCUAUUUCACAAUAAAGACUCUUCUGUGAAAAUUUGGCAGAAAAGGGAGAAUUUGAAGAAUUUCUAUCUUGCGUUAGCUAAAUGCCACAUUGUGUACAGCUCUUUUCUGCUAAACGAAUGAUUUUUUUUUUUUUUCUCAAAUGUUGUUGGUUUGUCAUGAGCAGAGGGGUGUACUACGAAGCAAAUUCAAUAUAAUUUUUUUUUUUUUUGGGGGGGGGGGGGUUGUGUUAGCUGGCUUGAUAAAACCUAGAAGCCCCGAUAAGAGAUAAGGGGUACAAUGGUGGUUAUCAGUUUUCUUCAUUAACUCGGGCUUUCUGCUUCAUGCUCUGUGCAGUUUUAGAUGUGUCAUUUAACUCUUUGACUUUACAAAAUCGAUCAUUUGAGCUCCGUCUAAUCCAAUUAGAGACAAUUCCAGGAGCAGGUGAUACAGAUCUAUAAAUAACAUGCAACACUGGAGCUGCAAAGGAAACGAGAGUAAUGCUGCAGAAAAUUGUUAAUCUUGUGAGGUCACGAUCAUUACAAGGACACCUGUCUGUAAAUAAAUAGUUUACUUCAUAAAUAUUUAUUUCACCUCUGCUGUUGAUUUCUAACGUGACAAAUCACAGCUCUUAAACUUUAACACACUCCCACAGCCUAAAGAAAGCUUUACUUCAGUUUGUCAUCACUUCUAAGAUAAAUUACUUUUAUUGAUUCAGAAUUCUUGGUGUUGCAGUUCUAAACUUUUGUUCCAGUAGGUGGAAUUCUAGCAGAUUAGGACCAAAAAUAAAAACAUUUAUUAAAAAAAAAAUGAAUAUUCCAGUUAGAAUCUGGACUGCUGUUUUAGAAGCGUCUCAACAGGUUUUAUAUGUCUGUAUAAAUGACAUUCCUACAGCAGAGAAUCUGUAUUGCAGCUAAAGCUUACUGUAAAUAAGACAAUCAGUGAAAAUGUUGCACUUCAGUUCGAUUAUAAACCAAAAGUCUGCGCAGGACCAGUUUACGUGUUUGACAUAAGUUAAGAUGCUAAAAAGAGAGUGAUACCUCGCUAACCCGUUAAUCUGGCUUCAUAGUACACCCCUCUGUGUUUAUUUGGGUUGAGCUUGCUUACAGGUUUACUGGCAUACAAAUAAAUGCGUGUGCAGUUUAAACAGUUUAUGUUUAGGUUAAAAAGUCAGAUUUGUAACAUGUGAAUGUAAAUGUUUAAGUACAGGUACUGUACUUACAGCCUUACCACGCAUUUAGAAAUCAGUGCAAACAAACCAAAGUUGAACUUAAUUUGAUUUUUAGCUGGGCGUCGUCCUUUCUCCCAUGUUGCAGAGAAGCUCAGCGCUAAGAUCCCAGUCAGAAGGUCGGCUGCUUGACUGAAAUCUGAGCUCCAUGGUUUAAUUUUUGUCCGAAAGGUCAAGGGUGCUGACGCAAUACCAACAAAAUUUGUGUCGAGGAGCAAAGCAUCCAACUAAAAUUCAAAAUUAAAUUCACUUAAUGUAUCUUUUUUCAUUUAAAUGUUGCCUGUAGUGAUGAGAAUUUGAAGGCAAUUAUAUCUGAAUUCUGCUAUUUAUACUUAUUCAGAAAUUGUCUUUGUGCUUUUUCAUAAAAUAAUCAAAUAUCAUAAAGGAAUAUUUACAUUUUAAUAAUCACAAAACAGUUUAAUAAUGAACAUUAUAGUGCUUAAACACUGACCUGCUUCUUGAUGUGGUGAAAUUGACCCAAAGCGCAGAAACAGUGCUACAUAUACCCACCUUACUACUAUAGUCUCAUGUCCAGGCUGCAAUAGGAGAUGCAUACGGCAGCAAUGAGGGUACUUCAUUUUCAGUACUCUAGUUGUAAAAAUGUUACACUUUUAAACUUGACAUUAAUGGGAUUUGUAAUAUUUUUACAUAAACCUAAACAUCAGUGCUGCUAAGGACUGAACCAGGCUUUUUUUGAACAGGAUGUGAACGUUAUUUUUCUGUUAAUUAUCAUUGAGUUAUGCUACUUGUAUUCACUGUGAGCACUGAUAUUUGGUCUUUUUCACUUUUGUGUUAACACUGAAUUUUCUUUGCUUAGUUCACUGGUCUGAGGGUUCAUAUGCUCUAAUGUUAUGUUUGGCUAAAAAUUGACACAAGUCACAAACCUUUGUUUUUUUCUGAUUCUAUUAAAAAUAAAUUAUAAAACUAG